UAGUGUACAGCGUCCCUUUAAAGGGACCACGUGAAAAUCAGCUGUUAUGAAUAUUCAAACUGAUUUAAACCUAACCUAAAUAUUUUACGUUGUUGGUAUAUUAUUUGGAUUACCGAUUUUAGUGAAAGAAGUUAUUAAUAUUACGUUAUUUCAAAGCAGUGAGUGAUAUUGUUCGUAAUGGAUGCCUCACAAUAUUCAUCUAGGAACGGAGGGUUAGCUCUGCAUGAACUAUUGCAAUGUCUCGAGGAAGAUGAUGAUAAUGUUCCAAUGGAUAUAUAUGUACAACCCCCUGAUGAUGGAAAAGAAUCGGGUGCAGAUAGCGACUUAUCGGAUGAUGAACAUGAAGCUAAUUUGGACCACCUUCCGCGAAAUUUAUUGAGUGCGCCAUGUGAAGUAAGAAAGAGAUUAUCAGAGGAUAUGGACGAAGAUGAAUAUAGUAGCGAAGAUGAUUUGAGUUUAUCAGAGCUUCGAAAAAAAUUGCUGCAAGAUGUAACUCAUACCAAAUCAAAAAAGACAAAAUCUAAAGUGACUUGGCAAAAAACUCUUCCAACUAAUUGUAUAAAAAACGCGUUUUUAUCGGAAGUAAGCAUGUCCCAAGAAGUAGAAGACUGCAAAACACCUGUAGACUUUUUUAGACUUUUUUUUAACGAUUCUCUGAUUGAAUUAUUUGUAACAGAAACAAAUCGUUACGCUUUACAAAAGAACAAAACUCUAAAUGUCACAAAAGACGAAAUGUUUGUUUUUAUUGGUGGAAUGUUAUUAUCUGGGUAUGCAAAAUACCCAAACAAACGAAUGUACUGGUCGCAGAGAAUCGAUGUUCCUCGUAUUUUAUCCGAUGCUAUAAGACUUCAUCGAUUUGAAAAUAUUCUAACUAAUUUUCAUCUAAACGAUAAUGACGCUAUUGAUAAAAACGAUCGACUUUAUAAACUUCGCCCCUUGUUGAAUCAUUUGAACGAAUCUUUCAAAACACAUGGUAGCUUAGAAGAGAAUUUGUCCAUAGACGAAAGUAUGAUUCCGUAUUAUGGCAAACAUUAUGCCAAGCAAUACAUAAAGGGUAAACCAAUCAGGUUCGGAUUCAAAAAUUGGGCAUUGUGUGCAAGUUCUGGCUAUAUGAUAUCAUUUGACGUUUACACAGGUAAAGGCACCGUGAAUGAGUAUGACUUUGGAUUGGGUGGUGAUGUUGUCAUCAGAUUGAUAAAGCAAGCCGAAUUACCACCGAGUCAAGGACAUAAAUUAUUCUUCGACAAUUAUUUUACCUCUGUACAGCUGAUGUUACAUCUUACUCAAGAGGGAUUCUGUGCUACGGGAACAAUAAGAGAAAGCAGGACUGAAAAGGCGUUACUAAAAGACAAAAAAAUUAUGCAAAAAUCGAAGAGAGGGCAUUACGAUUUUUGUACUAACGAUGACAAAAAUAUUCUCUUGAUACGCUGGAAAGAUAAUCAAGUGGUUACUCUUGCCACAAACUUUGAUAGCGCACGGGAAACUACAUGCACACGUUGGAACAAAACAAAAAAGGCAAAAGAAAGUAUAGUACAACCCCAAGCCAUUUCAAGCUACAACAAAUCGAUGGGCGGAGUGGAUCUGAUGGACCAAAUGGUCGCUGUAUACAGAACCAGGAUGCGUCAGCGAAAAUGGUGGUGGCCUAUUUUUUCAUAUUUUUUAGAUGUUACUGUUGUUAACUCAUGGAUUCUAAUGAAAAAAAUCUUCCCAAAUAAUGAACAUUCUGUAAAUUUAUUAAAUUUUCGACGAUAUCUUGCGAAUUGCUUUUUGCAAAAUUAUGGCAAACCUUCAUCCAGAGGAAAAAUCGCUCCCACUCCUUUAGAAGAUGUAAGAUACGAUGGAAAGGAUCAUUGGCCAGAGUAUUGCGUAACAGAUAGAAGAUGUAGAGUGUGUGGGAAAAAAUCAAAUUUUCUUUGCUUAAAAUGUAAUAUUGGGUUACAUCCCAAAACAUGUUUUAAAGUUUACCAUGUUCGUUAAAACCUAUUGCACUGCAGGUACAAUGUCCCUUUUAGGGGACGGUUCAUAUUUUUCAAAUAAAAGUUUUUUUUGUAAAUUUAGUGGUAGUUUUUAAUUAUUUUAUUCCUUAUCACCUUAUACAAGCCAAAAUUUCAUCGCCAUGCCUUGUUGGAAACUUCAUACACUAAUGGG